AUGCAGGGUUCUACUGCUGUUCCUGCGGAGCAGGCCGGCGCUAUCGCGUCACUUCCUAUUGUUCUGCGCAAGGAUGACAGCCUUGUCCUCGCCUCCUUUUCCGAGAAGCAGCGGACAUUGACGGAAGUGGAGUCCAGUCGCAUGACAGGUGACUACCGCGAAUGCGAGGUGUGCUUUAACCCCGCAAAGGCAACGGCAUUUGCCCACGCUACAACGACGCACGUGCGAUACAGCGAGUUGUUUCAAACAGAAGAAGGGGCCGAGUGGGAGUUAAAGCUGCUCUUCGAGUUGGAGGAACGCAACGUUGUGGCGCUCUCAUUUUCCCCACAGGGAACUGUGCUGGUGACGUACGCCAUGAUGGACAGCAAGCGACCGGAGGGCAACAUGGCGAUGUACGACGUCGCGACGGGGAGGCUGCUGCGACGCUGCGUGCAGGCGCGGUGGCCCGGCAUCGUGUGGAGCAGCCAGGAGCAGUGCUGCGUGCGCCCGGUGCAGGGCUUCCUGCACGUGAUGGACGGCGACCUCCGCAAGGGCGAGACACCGGUGCUUGCCAAGUUGGAUCUGCAGCUGCCGCAGGACAAGGAGAUUGAGUUAUCCAUGUGCCCAAGCGGCACACCCAUUCUCGCGAUGUUUAAACCAUUCCACAAGCAGACGCAGGGCACGCUCUUCUUCUACCGCCUGCCAAAUGUGCUGGACGGUCCCAUGUACCAGGUGCCGUUUGGCCGCGCGGAGUCGGCAACAGUGCAGUGGAGCGGGUCGGGUAACCACGUGGCGCUGCUCGUCAAGUCGGAGAGUGACAAGAGCGGCAAGAGUUACUACGGUACAGUGGCGUUCUUUCUCGUGGAUGUUGGCGGCCGCAGCUUCAAGGAGAUCAAGUUCCCAAGCGGGGAGUCCGUGCACGACUGCCAGUGGAGCCCCACGUCGGAUGAGCUGAUGGUGGUGCACGGCACCAUGCCGCGAAACAAGACGACGCUCUAUGACAAGACGGGUGUGGCGCUCAUGACGUUUGGCGAGGCGCCGCGAAACAUCAUUCUGUGGUCCCCGAACGGCCGCUUCUGUGUUCUGGGCGGGACAGGAAAUCUUGCCGGCGAUUUCGUCUUCUUCGAUGUGCACCCGCCAACAACCACUCGAGGUGCCCAGGGCAAAAAUAAUAAUAAUAAUAAUAAUAAUAACAAUAACAAUAUCCGUGCGGUGACAGCGGCGCCAUCCUCUGCAGGGGCACUGGCGACUGGGGAGUUUAACGAGAAGAGCAGCGUGCAGACGUGGGCUCCAGACUCGCACGUGUUUCUCUGCGCCAUCGUCUUCACCCGCCUACGCAUCGACAACAAGCUCGUCUUUUACAAAAACAACGGUGAACACCUACUGACGCAGAAGUACUCUACGCUCUACGGUGCACACUGGGUGCGGACCCAAGAGACGCGGCUUUACCCAAUGCGGUCUGCCUCUCCACGCAGUGAGACAGACAAACCCACAAAGCCGCAGCCGUACCGACCGCCCCACGCGAGUGCCGCUGCUGCAGCGCUCCUGCGGCGUCCAGACUCCUCGACGCCAAAGCAGGCCAAACCCGCUGGACCUCCAGGCGCAACAGUCGUGGUCCAGAAAAAGAAGAAGCGUUAG